AUGGCCUUUUUCUUUGUGUGCGGCCAGCAGACCUUUCGCUCCGAGGUCAAGGGCUACGAGGGCAUCGUCACCCAGUGUCACCACUGCGGUAACAACGGCGCUCGCGUGCAAAAGGAGCGUCCCUUUUUUACCAUUUGCUAUAUUCCCGUGAUUCCAUUCACCAUCAAGGGAUACCAGGAUGUCGUCUGCGGCAUCUGCAACUUUCAUCAACCCCUCGAGAAGCGCCCCGAUGUCAUGGCCAUGGCCAACGGCGGCCAAGGACCGCCACAGCAGCAACAUGGUCAAAAACCGCAGGGCAAUAAUCAGCAGGGUCCGCCGCAACAACAGGGACAGUACCAGCAGGGACCUCCACCGCAACAAUACGGUCCCCCGCCGCAGGGUUAUUACUCGCCGCCGCCGCAGGGCGGCCAGCCGCCUCCGCAAACUUGGCAGGGCCAGCAGCACCAGUAA